AUGCGUUUAGAAAAAAGUUCUGAUGUUGGUCGUGGCAAAUUUGAAGAUGAAGUAAAGCCGGCUUUAGAACUACUUCUCAACGAUUUACAAAGAACAACUGAAAUACUUCGAAAGGGUCAUCUACGCAAGGCAGGAGAUGAUUAUGAUUUUGAGACGGCUGAUAAUACUGAGCGACUUCUUAAAGAAGCAUCCAGUGGAAAAUCUAAAAGUCCGUAUGCCCAUCGAAAUGUUGGUGAAGUUUCUCCCCUUCUCUCUGAUGGAUUUAACUCUGCAGAGUUUUCAACAACUACGCCUUUGAAAGCUCAACGAGAUCCUAUGUUGGAUGGAGACAAACUUGGAAUUCAUACAAUACCUAAGGGGGAUUGUCCUCAAUGCGGGGAGGCUGUUAUUGGUCCCGUGGUAAUAGCACUUGGAAGAAUGUGGCAUCCAGAACAUUUCUGCUGUGCACAGUGUGGUGAUCCUAUUGGCCAUCGAAACUUUUUUGAGCGACAAGGAAAGGCAUAUUGUGAAAAUGACUUUCAUGAUAUGUUCUCCCCCAGAUGUCACUAUUGUAAUGGAUCUAUUAAGGAGCGUUGUGUAACCGCUCUUGGAAAAACAUUUCAUGUCGAUGUUUGUUUUUAUUUAAUUUUUGAAAAAAAUUAUUUGAAGCAUUUUGUCUGUGCCGAGUGUGGACAUCCUUUCCUCGAUGGGGGCUUCCAUGAAAGGUCCAACUCUGCUUAUUGCCGUGAUUGUUUUUAUCGUCAACACGCUCCCAAGUGUCAAGGAUGUAAACAACCUAUUACAAACAAAUUCAUAAAUGCUUUAAACACCCAAUGGCAUCCCGAAUGUUUUUGUUGUCAGGGAUGUAGUCGCUCCUUUCUUUUUGCCGCUCCAUUUGUGUUCUUUGAUCGUUUACUUUGUGAACAAUGUUUACAUACAUGCCAAGGAUCUUUAUGUUCUCAUUGUCAUUUACCAAUAACUGGGCGUUGUAUUUCUGCUUUAAACGAUCAAAAAUUCCAUCCGGAACAUUUUUUGUGUUGUAAUUGUUGUCGACAAAUAGAUAAAUGUAGUUUUAAAGAACAUAAUGGAAGGGCUUUUUGCAUUUCUUGCUUUCAAAAGAUGAUAAAUUGGCAAUAA